AUGGCCCCUUCUCAGAGAGCCCCCCCCCAGCAAAUCAACUGGGAGAGACUGGCUAGAGGCCUGGCUUUGCUUUUUCUGGCUGCCGCUUACUCUCCAGUGAUUGUCUUGACCCUUUCCCCGGUGUAUGGAUCCUAUCCGUCUACCUUGUUCCACGUCUGGGGAACACCGGUUGCUGGCGCCGCAGGAUGGUUCCUGAAGGACUACAUCAUCGGCCUGUCGCGUCGACAGGCUCUUUAUUGGAUUCCGGUUGUGGCAUUCUGGAUUCCCACGGUGGAGUACUUCCUCUCGCAGCUGAGUACGACUUGGGGGACACCCGCCGGCCCUGCGGUCACUGAAAUGUUGACCUACUAUCCCUUGAUUCUUUUGUCGGUUGCCUGUGGUGGCAAGCUGAUUCAAUCGGCCUUGGAUCUGAAAAGCCGUGGUGAUGUUGUGGCUGAACAUGUGCCGUUUAUCGGCUCUUAUAUCGUUUACGCUAUUGGCGAGAAAUUUGCCAAAGCGUUCAUUGCCAAGGUUAUUGGUUCGAUGUUCUUGUUCUCAAGCACGGGUUUGCAGAUUCUCCUGGCUAUCCUGUAUGCUGCCACGGUUCCCUCAAAGUGGCUGCUCCUCGCGAUCCCAUCUAUCCUCUUUACGCUCACCUCCAACGUUCACCUUCCAUUGGGAUAUACAACUGCCGCCCUCAACUCGGCCCUCGCCGACGAGGGAUAUCAUCUGAUUGCCCGGCAAGAAUCAACAACGGGCUACAUCUCUGUUCUUGAUAAUUUAGACGAUGGAUUCCGCGUCAUGAGAUGUGAUCACAGCCUUCUCGGAGGACAGUGGACGAAUGCAGAGGGUAGCUACAACCCUGUCGUUCCGGAUCCCAUCUACGCUGUUUUUGCCACUCUCGAGGCCAUCCGGCUGGUUGAAACUGAGCAGGGCGAGCCUCGAACAGAUGCAUACAGCAAAGCCCUUGUCAUUGGCCUGGGAGUUGGGACCACCCCGGCAGCUUUGAUCAACCAUGGAAUCGAAACUACCAUUGUUGAGAUUGACCCUGUCGUGCAUAAAUUCGCUACUGAAUACUUCCAUCUGCCGCGCAAUCACAUUGCCGUCAUUGAUGACGCCCAGCGUUUUGUACAACGCUCCAUCGCUGAUUCAGAGUCAAAACAAUAUGACUAUAUUGUUCACGACGUAUUCACUGGCGGCGUUGAGCCUCUUCAGCUUUUUACUCUCGAGUUCUUCAAGGGGUUGGACGCGCUCCUCAGCCCCGACGGAGUGAUUGCCAUUAACUAUGCUGGAGAUAUUACCCGCUACCCUGCUGCGUUGAUCGUUCGCACGAUUCGGUCCGUUUUCCCAACCUGCCGCAUUUUCCGUGAAGCUGGACCCUCUGGCGAGUCCGAUUUUACGAACAUGGUUAUCUUCUGCAAAAAGGCCACAUCCACGCCCUUGAAAUUCCGAGCACCAGUCGAGGCGGACUUCCUCCGAAGCAAGGCGCGCAAGUCGUACCUUGUCCCUGAGAAUGAAAUCGACGUUACCAGGUUCGACACAAUCGAAAAGGGUGGAAGAAGAUAUCUUGUUUCCGAAGAAACCGAACGCCUGAAGCACUUCCAGGACCAAAGCGCCAUUGGACACUGGACCAUUAUGAGAAACGUGUUGCCUGACGCUGUUUGGGAGAGCUGGUGA